UCACACACUCAUUCACACACUCGUUCACACACCUGUGAGAUGAAGCUGAAGCUGCCGAACCCGGGGCUGGACGGGCGGAUCCCUUCCCACCAGCAGCUGGAGAAGAUGGAGCUGGAGGAGGCAGGGGACCGGCCCAAAUGGGACAACAAGACCCAGUACAUGCUCACCUGCGUGGGCUUCUGUGUGGGCCUGGGCAACGUCUGGCGCUUCCCUUACCUGUGCCAGAGCCAUGGGGGAGGUGCUUUCAUGAUCCCAUUCCUGAUCCUGCUGGUGUUGGAGGGAAUUCCUCUGCUGCACCUGGAGUUUGCCAUUGGCCAGCGGCUGCGAAAGGGGAGUGUGGGGGUGUGGACGGCCAUACACCCCUAUCUAGGUGGCGUGGGAAUCGCAUCCAUGCUGGUGUCCUUCUUGGUGGGCCUGUACUACAACACCAUCAUGGCCUGGGUCAUGUGGUACUUAUUCAACUCCUUCCAGGACCCCCUGCCCUGGAGCCACUGUCCCAUCAAUGCAGACAAGACUGGACUGGUAGAGGAAUGCGAGAGGAGCUCGCCUGUGGAUUAUUUCUGGUACAGGGAGACACUCAACAGCACGGCCGCCAUAGAGGAUUCAGGCGGCCUGCAGUGGUGGAUGGUUCUGUGUCUGGUGUGUGCCUGGACCGUGCUGUACGUCUGCACUAUCCGGGGCAUAGAGACCACCGGCAAGGCAGUGUACAUAACGUCCACCCUGCCGUACUUGGUGCUCACCAUCUUCCUGAUCAGAGGACUGACACUCAAAGGUUCUGUGGAUGGAAUUAAGUUUCUCUUCACCCCAGAUCUGGCAGAGCUGGCAAACCCAUCCACCUGGCUGGAUGCAGGAGCUCAGGUGUUCUACUCAUUCUCUCUUGCUUUUGGAGGUCUCAUCUCCUUCUCCAGCUACAACUCAGUGCAUAACAACUGUGAGCAGGAUGCUGUGAUUAUAUCAGUCAUCAACGGUUUCACCUCAAUUUAUGCAGCUACUGUGAUCUACUCCAUCAUUGGCUUCCGUGCCAGACAACGACUGGAUGCUUGUUUUGCAGGAAACAUCCUGGCCCUCCUGAACACGUUUGAUCUUCCUGAAGACAACAUCACAGAGAGUAAUUAUGCACAAGUUGUUCAAAGCCUCAACAGCACGUCUCCUGAGAUCAUUAAGGGACUGGAUCUGAAGCCCUGCAACCUGAACACCUUCCUCAGUGAGGGUGUAGAGGGGACUGGUCUGGCCUUCAUCGUGUUCACAGAGGCUAUCACCAAGAUGCCUGUCUCUCCCCUCUGGUCCAUUCUGUUCUUCAUCAUGCUGUUCUGCCUGGGGCUCUCCUCCAUGUUCGGGAAUAUGGAGGGGGUGUUAGUGCCGCUGCAGGACCUCAAUCUUCUUCCAAAAAAAUGUCCCAAAGAGGCAAUCACUGGUUCCAUAUGUCUGUUCUCCUGCGGCUUUGCUCUGAUAUUUGUGCAGGGUUCAGGUGACUACUGGCUGGCCCUGUUUGACAGCUUUGCUGGCUCCAUCCCCCUGCUCAUCAUUGCCUUCUGUGAGAUGAUGGGAGUGGUUUAUUUGUAUGGAAUUGACAGGUUUAACAGGGAUAUUGAGUUUAUGAUCGGACACAAGCCCAAUAUCUUCUGGCAGGCCACCUGGAGGGUGAUCAGCCCUCUUAUCAUGCUGGUCAUCUUCCUCUUCUACUUCGUCACCAAAGUCAGUUCAGAGCUGACCUACCUGGUGUGGGACCCCAGCUCCGAGGGAUUUCCUACACUGGAGAAGCUGGCCUAUCCAGACUGGAUCUACACCAUCAUCUUCAUCUUAGCCGGAGUUCCUAGCAUUACGAUCCCAUUGGUUGCUCUGUACAAGUUCAUCAGGAACCGAGGCUGCAGGAACAGGGAAGGAGAUUCUCUCAGUACAGUCUCUGCCACAGUGUUUUAG